UAAAAAAAUGAAAAAAUGAAAAUGAAAGGAACAUAACGGGGAAAAAAAAGGAAAAUAAAAGAAAAAGAAUUUCUUGGCGGCCUUCUCCAUCAAACAACCGCCUUUCCUCAGUCUUCCUCUCCGGCGAGUCGGCGACACUUCAGCAGCCACAGGCGUAAGGCAGCGACGACUGGAGCCCACACCCGCGCGAACGCCCAUCUCUGUGGUCGACGAUGGUCUACGUUCACUCGCGAAUCUGACUUGCAUUGUCACUUGUGAGCACGACUCCGAACGGCUUCGCCUCGGCUUUGGAAGCAUCUUUUCUUCUCCGUUUGAGACUCCAGCGUGAACAACAAGUUGUGCAUCACGUUUUCAACGACUAGGCGUCUUGCAGAAGCGUUUUUUACUUGGGGAUUUGCACGUUCACACGUUUUUGGACACCAACCAGCAAGGAUCAGGGCCUUUUCGAUAAAAUUCGGUACUUGGGUUGAAAUUUUUCGAAAGGUUGGAUAUAAAGACUUCUUUAAUGGAGGAAGCCUGUAUAGAAGCCCCAAAGUUAGUCGAAUCAAAAUUAUUGUUCCCACCUCACCGUCGAUUGAGCAAGACUUAUCAUACACUAGUGCGAAUCCUUUCACCCUUCUGCGAGAACGGCAAUGUCUCUCUGGCAACUGAAUUUGAUCCUCAACAACUAAGAGCUGCUUAUAGCAGCCACAUGAGGCAGGUAACUAUAGAAUCAUCAUGCCAGCAAGUCGUUGAAGAUUCUGUGAGAGUAGAAACUGGAGAUUCAGCUACAGAAAAGGUGACAGUGGUUGAAGAUGGUCUGGGAAGAAAUACUCUUGAAGAUAAACGUGUUCAUGAUUCUGAAGUUAUGGAUUUCAUGAAAGAUAUGGUAAUAGUUGAAAGAAGUGAUAAUGUGAGUGAUCAAAGGAGAACUUUUGAGGCUAGGUCUGAAGAUAAUGAUUGUGUUCAUGAGGGAAAUCAUACAAACGAGGUAGAGGCAGAGCAUAUCGUGGAAGGAAAUAAGGUGCUUGUUGAUGACAACAGUUGUAGCAACACAAGGACUUCAAAUCAGACAAAUGGUGGAAACGAUCAAAUAUCACCUACAAAAAUUCCGGAAGAAAUUGUUGAACAUCCACAAGUUAUGGAGGAAGAAGAUGAUGCAAGCAUAGUUCAGAAACUUUCUGGGAUAGUAGUAUUGAUAGAUGGCCACAUGGUUAAGGAAGCUUCUAAAAAGGAGGACAAUCAAGAAAACGUACCUUCAAUUCUUGAUAAGGACAUGCAACAAUCUUCUGAAAAUUGCGCAAAAGAAUUAAAAUCUGAGAGCAUAGUUUGCAAGACUGAUCUAGAGAUGGAAAAAUCUUAUGUUUCUAGUAUUGAGGUCAUGGUGGAGGACAAUAAAGAACAAUGCAGGGAAAAUGUUUCUGGAGCAGAUCCUUCAUAUAUGGAAAAAGAGAUACCUUGUGGGGCUUAUGAACAGAGUAAGAAUGGUGGAGAUAAAGUUAUCACAGUGGACGUUGAUGCUUCCAAAGUAGAGCACAAAAUGCUGCUGGAAGCUAUGAAAGUGGAUGAUUAUAUGAUUGAAAAUGGAGAGAUUGAGGAGGGAGAAAUUUGUGGCGAUUCAACAAAUGAAAUUUCAGAAGAUCCAGUUGUUUUAACUGAGAAGGUUGAUGGUAUUCAAAUUUCCGAGGAGAGAAUGAAUAGAAGUAAGCUUCCUCUGAUUCAAGCUAAUGGAGAAGCAAACAAGCAUGUUUCCUUAUGCUUGGACAAAGCCGUGUAUGCAAGUCAUGAGAAUAGAGAAGAAUCCAAAUCCAAACAAAAUAAAAGUAGCAUGGAUUCUUGCAGACAUAGAAGCAUUGUUUCAGAAAAAAUGGUGAUUAGUACAAAUGAAGAUCAGAAUGGUUUUAUGUUAGAGGAAAGAGGAUAUACAGGGAAAAAUAACGGUAGCAAAAAGGAUGUAGAUUCUUUUACAGCACAUUUUAGUAAUCAAGUCCUUUGCAGCCAGGUUCCAAAAGAACAUGCCAAUGGAAGGAAAGAAAUUGUGUCCGUAGAAAAGGAAACUGGGGCUUGCAAUAAGAAAAAACGUGGUCCAGGAUCGGAAGGGAGAAAAGAAAGGAAAAAGAUACAAAAAAGAAAGAAGCGGGCUGAGAAGAACAGAAAAGAUGGUGUCAAAAGGUUGAAGCUACAUACAGUGACGGUGCCUAAACCUGUAGUAUACUGUCGUCAUUAUAUUAAGGGGAGGUGCCAAGAGGGUGACAAGUGUAAAUUUUCUCAUGAUACAACUCCUUUGACAAAAUCCACGCCAUGUAGUUAUUUUGCACGUCAUUCAUGUAUGAAAGGUGGUGACUGUCCCUUUGAUCAUCAGCUGUUCAAGUAUCCUUGUAGCAAUUUUGUUUCCAAUGGUUCAUGCCCUAGAGGGGAUACUUGUAUGUUUUCCCACAAGAUGUUGCCACAACUACAAGAGUCAACUAGUAUGCCAAAUUUGAAAACUGAAUCCAAACCACCAGUAAUACCAGAUAGUUUGGACACUCAAAAGCAAUUGAAUAUCAGUGGUCGCCUUAAGCAAAGUCUUGUUACUGUACCCAACGCCAUAGGAGCUUCUUGCAAUAGAACUCCAUUAGGAGGAACUCUGCUGAAGAAAAUGACUGGACCACCGCCUGUUGGAAUUAACUUUCUCUCUUUUGGGAAGUCACCGGACAGUUCUUCCCAGAUGAAGAAUGGUAAUGGGGAAUGUAGAAAUGUGUUAGCUCAAAGUGGGUUGAGUUCGGUAGAAAAUUCAAAUGAAAUCUCGAGGAAGAUUCAGCCAAACACAGCACCUAAGGGCAUAAAUUUUUUGUCGUUUGGUAGAACUUCACUACAGUCUGACCAUGAGAACUUAGCUACUCCUCCAAGCUACAAUAGGGGUUCUAUUCCAUCCGGUAAUCAGAUCCAGGCUGUUUCAAAAACUGGUCAUGGUUCCAAUGAGCUACUAAAGAAAGUGCAAAUGACAACACCCAAACAAACGAACUUCUCAUCUCCCGUUGGAAAUUAUGCUUCUAAUGAAUUGGUUAGCUCGUCUUCCAACUUGAAAGCAGGUACUGAUUUAUUUGUACAGAAAAAGGGAAGUGUGUGUGAUCAGCAUGAAGGCUUAAGUGCAGUAUUAUCGAGGCUGUCAGGUACUCCGAGUUCUUCAGGUCAAUUUUCUGAUGGCUUAGCUUCUAGCAUGACUAAAGGAACACCAAAAUCAGCUCAGAAGGCACUGUUGUCAACAUUGGCAUUUGCUGCAAAACAUGAUUCCUUUAUGAAUAAAGGUAAAUCUAGUGCCUUUCCUGCUCUCGGUAAUGAGGGUAACAAGGAAGGUGGGAAUGGGAACAUGCGUGGUAGUUUGAAGAAUGAUCAAGCCAAAGCUUCAAAACUUUUGGAUUUAUUGUUAGGCAUUGGAUCUAAAUCUAAUUUGUAAAAUGAAUCCUGGUGGGUUUCUGUUAACCCAGCUUUACACCAAGAAAAUUGGAUCAAGCAGCCAAAUCAGGUAUUGAUGAGUUGCAUCACAUAGGUUUGAUGUAAUUAUACUGCAUGAAGAUUAUACUGUAUGAAGAGAAUCCAUUGAGUUUGUAUGCCUUCUUAGAACUCAAGGACACACUUGUACAACCUCUAGAACAAAUCUAUUCAAGUAAGGUUGUAAGUUUGGUAUGCCUUCUUGUGCUGUCCUUUCGUGGCUUUGCAAUCUGAAGUAGCUCUCAAAUAUCAAAAUAUAUCAAGUGGAUGUAAGCUUGAGUUCUUGUUCGCCACAUAUCCCUUUAAAAUUUUGUCUCGACAAUGACAUACCCUUCGUGAUUAACAAAGAAGAGCCACUUCUUGAGAAAGCAAUGAGAACCGAGAUCGAAUGGUAAUCCAGGGAAAUGCCUGAAGAAGCCUAAGAAGGGAUCAAAGAAUGCCAAGCAAGCCAUUCAAUCGUUCAGACUGGAAAUUGUGAAGGUUUCUUCAACUUUUUUAGUUCACAACCUUUUGUCAGGCUGAGGUGCUACAAAAUCAAAUGGAGCAAGAUUCUGACGGUUGGGUGAGUUACACAAUCCACAUGUUUGCCUUCACCUAGCACACUAAAUUCUUUCAUCCUAAUGCCUAUGGCAAGAUACGAUUCAAGCAAGUAUGAACCAUUGAAGAAGAGUUGUCAAUUAUGAGGAGUUUUGUCGUCUUCUUCACGUACAACUAAUAGAACAGCGCCGUCCAUGAAAUGGAAUAUAAUUGGCCAUAAGAUACCAUGGAUCAAAAUGCAAAAGUUUUAUGACUUGACUGGUCACUCGUCGUCGUAUCAGAAGAUCAUCUUACUCCGUGAUUGACUAUGUUGACCAUCUAUAUUUUUGGAAGGAUAUGAAGAGUUGGACGUCUUUUGAUAUCAGGCAAGAUUAUCUUGCAUGCUUGUGUUAUCUCAUGGUUUACAGGGGAGGCUAUUCAGUGACGAUAGCAAAGACAAUGCUGAUGAAAAUGUAGGAAAUAU